AUGACGGCGGAGGUCGAUUUGAGCGGCACGCCGGAGUUCGACUUCACGCAGCGCGUCUUCUGCAACCGCGAGCUGAACAUGGGCGCCAUCGAGGCCGUGGGCUUCGACAUGGACUACACGCUCGCCCAGUACAACGUCAACUUCGACAUGCUCGCGUUCGAGGGCGCGAAGCGGAAACUGGUCGAGAUGGGCUACCCCGAGGAGGCCGUGGCCGGCUUCACCUUCGACCCGGAGCAGCACCUGCGGGGGCUCGUCAUCGACAAGCGGCAUGGGAACAUCCUGAAGAUGGACCGGCACAAGUACGUGCGCGUGGCCUUCCACGGGACGCGCGAGCUCUCGCCGGACGAGCGGAAGAAGUUGUACGUCGGCGUCGCCGACGCGACGCCCACGUUCGUGGGCGACGACUUCGUGAACGUGGAUUCGCUGUUCCAGCUCGUGGACGCGUCGCUGUACGCGCAGCUCGUCGACGUCAUGGACGGGGACGAGUUCCGGGCGGUGUCCUAUUAUCAGGCGUUCAAAGACGUGCGCCACGCGGUCGACAUGUGCCACCACGACGGCGUCAUCAAGGACGAGGUCGCCGAGGACCCGGGGCGCUACAUCCUGCGCGACGAUUCCCUGGUGCCCAUGCUGAACCAGUACCGCCUCGCGGGCAAGAAGGUCUUCCUUUUGACGAACUCGCUCUUCGACUACACGAACGUCGUCAUGAACUUCCUGCUGGGAAAGACGGUCGACGACCGGGGCUGGAUGGACCUGUUCGACGUCAUCGUCGUCGGCGGCGGGAAGCCGGCGUUCCUCGGCGACGGCCGCCGCGACAUGCUCCGGGUGGACACGACGUCGAACAUGGGCACGCUCCACAACUUUGUGGGCAAGCCCGUCGACGAGAUCGGCGGCGACGCGUUCCUCGCGCGCGAGGGCAAGGUCUUCCAGUCGGGCACGUGGCGCGCGCUCCACGAGAUGCUCGGCAUCGACUCCGGGUCGCAGGUGCUCUACGUCGGCGACCACAUGUACGGCGACAUCGUGCGGUCGAAGCGGUCGCUCGGAUGGCGCACGGCGCUGAUCGUGCCCGAGCUCGAGCACGAGCUGUCCGUGGACGCGCUCGACUCGGCGGCGCGGAGCCGCGUCGCCGCCGAGGAGACGGCGUGCGAGGCCGCGGAGCUCGCGGUGCAGACGCUGCGCCUCGCGCAGAUCCGCGACGGCACGCACUUCCUCGACUCGGCGGAGAAGGACGCGCUCGAGGAGGCCCAGUCGGACGCGCGGACGUCGCUCCGGCGCGCGCGCGAGGCGCACCACGCCGAGUACCACCCCGUCUGGGGGCCCAUGUUCCGCACGGGCAACCAGGCGUCGCGCUUCGCGAAGCAGGUCAUCGACUACUCCUGCAUCUACACGUCCCGCGCGUCCAACCUCCUCCAGACGUCGCCCCUCCGCUCCUUCCGCUCGCCCGCGGACGAGUUCCCCCACGACGCGCGGCGAUAG